UUUAUAACCAACUCUUAAAUCCAUGGCUUCCAUACCCAUCUUCCUCAUCCCGAUCUCCCACUUCCAUUUUCCAUUCCCACAACUUCCCAUCCCAACAUCUCCCGUUCAGCCUGAGUUACGGCCGCUAAACGAACCAAGUUACAAGAGUUCGUGCUCAUGUUGCCACAAGGGUUCGUGCUCACGUUCGUUUGUUAAAAACUUCUUCGAGAUUGGUUUGUUAGGUAAAUAAACCAAGCUCGAACUUUUUUUUCUAAAAUUUCAUUAAAUUUUCAAACCAAGUUUUAUCAACCCCUUGCUCGGCUCCUUUGGCUCACCCUAGCUCGGGUUUACCAAUACACUGCCCCGAAAAUGCUAGACUGGUGCUUCGGACCUCGGCAGCUAUGGAAAAUCAAGAUUUUCCUCCGUCACCGAAAGAUAAUGCUUCUGAUCGGUUUGACGUUAACGGUCAUCGUCAUCCACGAACACCUCGGAGCCGGAAAAGAUAAUGCUUCUGAUCGGUUUGACCUUAACGAGCAGUUCUACUCCACCCGCCGCAUCCUCGAGGAGGCCGAAUCCACUGCAACUGCAGCCGCCGCCACCACUGGAACCGCCGAGUACAGCUACGCCAACGUGGACAUGACAAAGAUUUGGGUGGGCGAAGAUGAGCACGAAGAAAAACCUGAUCCAAACAAGCCUUAUAGUUUGGGACCCAAGAUAUCUAAUUGGGACGAGCAAAGAGCUGCAUGGCUGGGAGAAAAUCGCAAAUUCCCUAAUUUUGUCGGACCCAAUAAGCCUCGGGUUUUGUUAGUAACCGGUUCAUCGCCGGAACCAUGUAAAAACCAAGUUGGCGAUCAUUACCUAUUGAAGUCGACCAAGAACAAGAUUGAUUACUGUAGGGUUCAUGGGAUUGAAGUGUUUUACAACUUCGCUUUGUUUGAUGCGGAGAUGACCGGGUUUUGGGCUAAGCUUCCGUUGAUUCGGAAGCUCUUGCUGUCUCACCCGGAAGUCGAGUUCUUUUGGUGGAUGGAUAGUGAUGCUAUGUUUACCGAUAUGGCGUUCGAGGUGCCGUGGGAGAGGUACGAGGAUCACAAUUUCGUUUUGCACGGGUGGAAUCAUGAGGUUUACGAAAAUAAGAAUUGGGUCGGGUUGAACACGGGUAGUUUUUUGUUGAGGAAUUGCCAGUGGUCUUUGGACAUUCUUGAUGUCUGGGCUACGAUGGGCCCCAAAGGGAAAAUUAGGGAAGAAGCCGGAAAGUUACUCACUGAGGAACUUAAAGAUAGGCCGGUUUUCGAAGCUGAUGAUCAGUCUGCUAUGGUUUAUAUUCUUGCGACCCAGAGGGAAAUGUGGGGGAAUAAGGUUUAUCUUGAGAGUGCUUAUUAUUUGCACGGUUAUUGGGGUAUUUUGGUUGAUAGGUACGAAGAGAUGAUUGAGAAUUAUCAUCCGGGUCUCGGGGAUCAUAGGUGGCCGCUUGUGACUCACUUUGUCGGGUGCAAGCCGUGUGAAAAGUUUGGGGAUUUUCCGAUGGAAAGGUGUUUUAAGCAGAUGGAUCGCGCUUUCAACUUCGGGGACAAUCAAAUCCUGCAAAUGUACGGGUUUACGCACAAGACGCUUGCGAGUAGGAGGGUGAAGAGAACUAGAAACAAGACAAGCAACCCUCUUCAGGUUAAGGAUGAACUUGGUUUGCUUCACCCUGCAUUCAAAGUUCUUAAGAUAUCGUCUUCUUAAGGGCCCACGGAGGUGGUGCAUCGAAAUCAAGAUGGAGGUGCCCUUACAGUAUCAUAUUUCUUUGUUCAGUUUCUACGUAGAGUCCGUAAAUAAGUUUUUAUGGAGGUAAAUCUGAACCGUUCAAAAGUGUUUUGAACAAUCCGGAUUGUAAACAAACUUUUCCGGGGAAGAGUUGGAAAAGUUUGUUUAAAAUUCGGACCGUCCAAAACAGUUUUGGACGGUUCGGAUUCACCCCGUUGUUAACAACUCUUCUAAGUAAUGGCUUUGGCACUCCACUUUAUGCAUAUCA